AUGCAACAUAUCAAAAGAAAAACAAUCGCUAACAUAAAAUAUAACAGCUAUUCGGAUGAUGAAAGGAUUUUAAAAAAAAAGUCAACCUUUUCAUUUAAAAAAGGGUUAGACAACAUAACAUCCAAACGAAAAAAUGUUAAUCUUCCUAUCAAUGAUAAGAAAAAAAACAUUAGUCAAAACACUAUUAAAUUAAAAAUUCCCUUUGAAAAACGAGAAAACGAUUUUACAGAUAGGAAGAAAGGAAACAACAAAAUAAGGUUUGCUCAAUCAACCGAAUAUGAAAAAAUCCCUAUUAUAAAAAAAAAAAGUAAUAUAGAAAGGGAUGCUUAUGGUAACGUGAGGAAGGGAAAAUCUAAUAUUUUUUAUUAUAAAAAGAGUGUAUCAUCUAGGAGUAUGGAAAAUGAAGAUGAUGAGGAGGAAGAUGAUGAAGAGGACGAUGAAGAUGAUGAGGAGGAAGAUGAUGAAGAUGAUGAAGAUGAUGAAGAUGAUGAAGAUGAUGAAGAUGAUGAGGAGGAAGAUGAUGAAGAUGAUGAUGAUGAAGAUGAUGAUGAUGAAGAUGAUGAUGAUGACGAUGAUGAUAAUUAUGAUAAUCAUAAUAAUCAUAAUAAUCAUAAUAAUCAUUAUGAAAAUUAUAAUGAUCAAACACUUAAUAAUGAUAUGAAUAAAAAACAGAAUAAUGCCCCCCCAAAUGUAUACAUUCAGAAUAAUAAGAAAUCCUGCCUCAACCACAAAAAAUCUAUAACAUUAAAUAAGACAGAAUAUUCUUUUCAAAGAAUGGAUACCAAUAACCCGAUGAAGAAUAAUUACAAAUAUAUGAAGAGCAAAUUAAAAAAAAACCUCACAUUACAUACAGAUAACGUUAAAGAGAAUAACCCAAAAAAAUCAGUCAGCAUGAGAAUAGAUAAGAAUAUAAUUUAUUCCAAAACACCUUCAUAUAAUAAAAAUCGAAAAGAAAAUAUGAUUAAGGCCAAAUCACAAAUAUUAAAAAUAGCAGAACAGUAUAUGAGUACAGAUAAAAUAAAAGCAUUUAAAACAAUCGAGAGAGGAAACACCCGAUUUCUAAAUAAAAAUAAAAAAAUCGACCCAGAGAAAAUACAGAAUCUUGGUCCAUUUGUUCCAAAAAGGGUAAUAGAAAAGAAAACCGAAAGAAAACUUGGAUAUAUUCCAAAUUAUAUAAGAAAAGAAAAAAAAAAUGAACAUAAAUUUGAUAAUGCAAAUAUAUUAUUUUCAAAAGAUAAAAACAACAAAAUAACAAUUCAAAAAAAAACAAAAAAAAAUGAUGGAUUUGGAUUAUUUGAAAAUAUGUUAGUAUUAAAUAAUUUAGGUACAAUAUAUGAAUGGGAUGGUUAUCAAAUGAAUAAAAUUAAACAUUUGUAUGAACAGUUCAUAUGCUUAUGUACUAAUGAAAAAGGUAAUAUAUUAUGUAUCGAUUUAAACUACAAGCCUGGAUAUUUGAUGUGCAACAGACAUUUCAACAGAAUGGAUGACAAUACAGAAUUUUCAUUGUUUAAGAAAAUGGUAAUUAGUGUUAAGAAUAAAAUAUGGGGAAUUGAUAUACAAGGAAAUUUAAAAAGAUGGAAUAAAUAUGAAUGGAUUAAAGUAAAAAAGGCAUAUGGUAUUUUUAAGUUAAAAUCUCUAGCCUUUGAUCGAAAAAAUAGACUUUGGGUUUUAGAUGAGCAAAAUUAUUUUUAUAUAUAUGAUACAGAAGAUAAAAAUUGGAUGUUGAAAAAUGUAAACGGAUGUAAUAUAAAUGACUUUGAUUUUAAUGAAAAUGAUAAUUUGACAGCUGUGACAAAGGAUGGAAUAAUUAAGAUAUAUAAAAAGAAUAGAUGGAUAAAAUAUGGAAUCUUGGGGGAAGUAAAAAUAAGAAGUUUACAUUUUAUAAGGCAACAUACAUAA